AUGUUCUCGGACAGCUGGAAAAUAUUGGCGUCGCUCAGCGACCAGGUGAAGAGCAGCAUCCGUCUUGCAAUCGUCUUCAAUGGCGGGGGCAGUGCAAUUUUCGCGACAAAAGACGACGAGGUUUUCGGCUUGGGACAAAAUGAUUUUUGGUGUUUGGGCACGGGCGAAGACAGUUCCCCAGGACUAGGAGAGCCCCAAAGAAUCAACGCUUUGUGCGGACAGAAAAUUGAAGGUCUUGAAUACAGUCAAAGAUUCUCGGUGUUCGCGAUUUCCGAUUCCGGCUCGGUUUUCGCGUGGGGAGCAAAUGGUUGCGGGCAGCUCGGACUUGGAACGAACCGACAGACGAAUAUUCCGACCAAAAUAACAGGAAAAUUGGAGGAACAAACUGUUGUGCAGGUUGCCUGUGGCGAAAUCCAUACUUUGGCUCUUACAUCAGAUGGACAGGUUUUCGCUUUUGGCUACAACUCUUACGGACAGUUAGGAUUAGGAGUGGAAGGCAACUUCCUCAUGAGUUCUUUAUUUCCGCGGAAAGUUGAAGGUCUGCUGGCUGGCAGCUUCGUCACCGCAAUUGCUUGUCGACGAAAUGGAUCAUUAGCACUUCUCAAAACUGGAGAGGUUUUCAUUUGGGGCGCACAAAUUGAUGACACGUUUAUCACGUUUCCGCUACAAGUGCUCGGCCUGGAAGGAGUCCCGAUUUCCAGGAUUUCAUGCGGAAGUAAUCACUUCCUUGCCUUGUCCAAUGACAGAAAAAUUUACGCCUGGGGAAACAACUGUUCCGGCCAGCUGGGAAUCGAAAGCGCGGAUGAGCCAAAAGCCACUGCAGAAAUAAUUCCGGCAUCUCUAGGCAGAGUGAAGGAAAUUGCUGCUUUUGCCAACUCGAGUGCUGCGUUAACCGAGUCAAAUCAGGUUUACGUCUGGGGACAAUACAAUGGGCAAAAUAUCACGAGUCCUACGGUCACUUCGCAUUCGUCCUUUGACAACGUUUUCGCUCCUGACACAUUCCGACCUUUGCGCCCGAAAGAGGAUUAUUCAGAAGAAUUAAAAAUGAAGGACACUCUCGACGAAUGCCUCAAACGGGCCUUCAAUAAUCCUGACAUUUCAGACUUUACGUUCAUCGUAGAGGAAAACAAAAUCCACGUGCACAAAUGCAUUUUGAUGCUGCGAUGUGCGGUCUUCAAGACGAUGUUCCAGGGUGAUUGGAAGGAGAGUAAAGCCAGUGAGCAAAAAAUCGAGGGGCACUCCUUUGCGGCUUUUAACGCCUUUUUGAAAUACUUCUACACGGACAAGCUGGACGUUCAUCCAAAUUUGGCCCUUGGUUAA